AUGGCACUCCUCGGCACGAUUGCUGGUUUUUCUUUAUUCGGUCUUGCAGCUCGUUUCGGGCAGCUCGCAAUAAAGAAGAGAAAUCUCAUGGAGAACCUCGGCGGACAUGCGCUGUCAAUGGCCGCUUUUGGUUACGUUGGAUAUUGGGCAUAUCAGUGGGACGAACGUGCGGCGGUUAUGCUUGCGCAGAAGCGUGCGGAGAUCACUGAACGGAGAGAACGGAAGUUGGCACAAGCUGCGUAA